CAGUGAGUUUUGCAGUUCCUCAGCCCAAAACUUGGAAGGUUUUUGAACUGUUUUCCACACCGGGUUGUUCAACACCAUUCAGGCUCCUCGGUAUCUGCACAGCUAUAAAGCCUGCUGAAAGAUGUGCCAGAACCAGCCCAGGCAUGAGGCUGGUCUCCCAGAGGGGGUUUCCCCAGUGCUGCCACACUGAGCUGUUUAUUUAUACCUGACUGGGUGGGCAGGGCUGCUCUGCAGUUGGUAACUGGGCAUGCGACAUUUGGGCUGCUCAGCUGUGACCAGUUUGUGACUGUCUGUGAUUGCCUGCUGCUGAGAUGGGAUGGGUAGAAGAUGAAUGCUUGUUGCCUUGGACACUUCCACAGUGUCAGGCAUAACUCAGGGUUGUUCAUUGUAGAAUUGCACAAUUUAAUUUGAGCUAAGAUUCUUCCAUCAUUGCCUGCUGCAUGGUACAGGCUCUCCAGGGCUCUGGCAGCACCUGCUGGUUUAGUACAAUGCUGUGGGCUAGGAUCUGGUGAUCACAGCCUUCCCCUGUCCAGUAUUAGCACUUGAGGGGUUGAAUAGGUGGGUGUUGAACAUUCAGCCUUUUUUGUCCUUAUCUUCUGCCAGAAUCCUCCCUCUCUCCCUCCCUCCUCCAAUGUAAAGCUGCCAUAGAAAUGGAAGUUUCUGUGCAGCUAGUCCCCUGUCCAGCCCCAGCCCUGACCUGCCAUUUGAACUGCUCUGCAUACAUAACUUUUUUCUCCCUGCACUACAGUUCAUUAGACUUUAAACUUAGAAAAUGUGUUUAUCGAGAAGGGAACCAUCUGGUAGAUUGUUAAUGCUUCCAGCUGUGUAUUGCUCUUUAUGAAGAAAUGUUAUUGAGGGAAAUAAAAGUAUGGCUUUGUAAGGAAUAUUUUCUCCUACUCUGUGAUGUGUUAAGCAAUCAGUACGUGAGCUUUGGAAAAUUUUUUGUCUUUGAUCUAAUUAAUACCUGGUUUGACAUCAUGCAGAAUUGCACAGUAUUUCAGAAACCUGUGAAAGUAUUCUGUGAAAAAAUCAGAGUUGAAAAAUAGGAAGGUCAAAAUUCAUUUACCUGCUGUUAUUCAGACAUGAAUAUUUUUCUUCAAUUCUACUUUUUAAAUUUACUUUGUUGCCUGCUCCAUAAGUAUCAGAAAUAGCUGGAGAGACACUGGGUGUAAUACACGCUACAUUUUCACCUAUAUAAAAAAAUUAUGCUUUCUUAAGUGUCUUGUUUGUAUAGCCCAGAUCAGAAUUAUUUCCAAAUCCAGUGUGUGAAAAGAUUCUUUUGUAAGACCAGUUGGUAGAAACAGUGUGGUGGAGGGGAAUGCAUUUCCUUGUUCUGCAGUAAGCAGUGCUUAUCCUAUUCAACAAAUGAUGCUGUGUUUACAGCUGAUGGAUGCUGCCUCAGUCAUGUCUGCCUGUGGCAUGUAAAAUUUAGCUGUUUCUGUGGUUUUGAACUGAAGUCUGUGGCCUUUGUGAGAGGUAUUGGGUGAAGUCUGAGGACGCUGAAGUUGGAGUAGGUGAUUUUGUAGCUUCAGUGUCUUUCAGUUUAGAGGUGGACGCUUUCAAUGGUGUUUAUUAUUGGUGACAGGAGCAGCAGUUCUCACCUGUGCCUGACUUCCUUGUUUGGCUGUGCAAAGCACAUUCCUCUUCAUCACCAAACUGAUGGAUGAGUUUGAUCUUUCCACUCAGUUUGUUGUGUAAAUGCUUGACUCUGGUGAAGUGCUUUCUCUGAAGGAGAGCUGAAGAGCAACAAAACGACUUCUCAUGUUUUCUAAUCUCCUCCAAAUGUUUUACCUCAGACCUGUCUCUGCUCUUAGUUCUUAUAGACACAGCCAGUCUGCAAAAUCUAUUAUUCUUCUCUGGCAGUGAACCUUAAUACUGGGACUCCAUAACACUUACUUGUUAAUGGUUGAUUAAUGACUUGUAGAUAAUAAAGCUCCUAUCUGAAGUUAACAAACAUCUGUGAGGGAUUUAUUUGAAUACUCUCACCUCAGCAGCUGGCUCACCUCAAUAUUUCUUGAAAUUAAUGAACAAGUGCAAAGUUUAAAAGGACAGGAAAUACUUAGAAGCCGAGUCAGUUUGUGUUUUUAUUCCACUUUAUAUGUCAGGUGUCCCUGGUUUAUAUACAGGGCACUUUCAUAAAAUGUAGUGGCAUUUUGGACAGACUUACUCUGGGGCAUUUUAAAGUUUAUUAAUGCCAUUUAUUCAAAGAAACCAUUGUGACAUCUAGAGAUGGCUAUUUAGCAUUCAGAGGACUAAGGUUUUUGAUGGUAGUGUUAUCGUGGCUGUGAUGACACAAGGAUGUGAGCAAGACAAGAUGAUCUAGCUGGAAAAGCCAGAUGCUUGUUUGUGCCACUGUCCUCUUACCCAGUCCUGAAAGAGAAGCAAGUCUGAAAGUCUUAUGUGCUUAAGUUUGUCUUUUUCUCCAGUUGUAUAAUUUGGUUUAAUGAACAUUCAGCCUUUUUUUAUAAAUCUUGCCUUGACUUGUCAAUCAUAUAGAAGGAGUUGCAUGAUAUUUGCCUAUAGAAGAAUUUCUGGGAUGGCUGCAUGGCAUGGUGGUGCACAGAAGGGAAACUGUGCUGUAAUCCAUGCCUCAUUUGACUUGUACUUGCAGGCAGAAGAGGAGCACAGUAAAUAUUACAGAUCCUAUAGUGGAAUUUGGGCCCUUACAUCCAAGAGAUGAAGAUAUGUACACCGCUAUUGCCACAUGUUCUUGUUUCUCUUCCUUUUUUCCCUGUACAUCUUCUUUUUCAUCACAAAAAUGUGAUGAAUAGCCAUGUAAAGACUCUUCACAUCAUCAGAUGUACUCUCUGGAAGCAGUUUGAGCAAGGUUAUUGUAGAAAUACAUUGGAAAAGUAAGCUUUUGGUAUUUUUCUUGGCUCAUAUUCAGGUGCAGAAAAAAUAAAUUUGAUUGAUAACCCCAUUAAUGAGUAUGAAAUAGGCAAAGGAUUUGGGUUAGUUAUAUUUGUCCUCAGACUUGUUCUGCAGUUGUAAUUUUCCUCUUACUUUUUCUUGGUGUCUUUUAGUGAAACAUGCACAAUUUAAUGAUACAGUUCAAUGCAAUACAAAUUACAUGCUUGAAACAGAAAUGUCUGAGGCCUGGAUUUAAAGCAUCAGCUAUUGUCAUCUCAUAUAAUUGAUACAGAAUAAUAAAGACUUGUUUCAAAUCAAAUUUUCAGCUUCUGUUCUGCUGUCCUUCAAAACAAUUUUCACAUGUGACAAAACCCAAGUUUUUGCUCUGCACUGGUGGUCUUAUGCUUGCAUCUCUAAUAUUUCACAGGAACAGCCAAACUCUGCUGCAGUCGCCAGCAGUUUCCCCUUUCCUAUUGCACACCUCAACAGAUCUUUGAAAGUGAUAUUUUUACAUUCUGAAACCAAGUAAUAUAAUUUCACAAUUUCUGAGUCUGGAAGACCAUUUAUAGAUCUGUGUCUCUACACAUUAAAGGUGUUAAAAUACUGAAAAUGUAACAACUCUUUUUUACAGUAUGAAGAGUGUUUAUGAUGUUAUUUUGGUGUAAGCUGGAAGCACAGGCUUCUUUAAAAAAAAAUCCCAAAGGAUAUUUUUUAGAAAGUUUUUUGGAUAAAUCCCUAAAGAACCUGAAAAGGAAGUUCCUAAAAUGUUACCCCUACUCAAUUUUGUUAUGAAGCUUUUAUGGUGAAGAAGUAAGCUUGAAGUUUGAAGGUAAAAACUGAAGAUUUCACAAGUUUCCAAGGUGUUUUCUCGCCUUGUUUACAUAGAAGUAAUGUUAUGCCAUUCACAGAGAGGCUGUUUUUCCUUCUUCAGUGCACAGUGAUUCUGGCAUGUCAUCUUCUAGGGGUCCUGUGCCAAAGGCUAAAUAUCCCAGAUAACAAAGAUCAUAUGUGUAAUCUAGUAAUACAUUCCACUUGGCAUGAGUCAAAUACAGAGUGUUCCCAGAGUCUUGGACAUUGUGUUUUCAGGGUUUUAGUUAGAAGAUAUGUGGAUGAUCCAAGCUAUUUGAUUAGAAGAAGACAAAAAUAGAGACUUUUAAUUGCCAGAAGGCCUUAACUGUCUCUCUUUCACAGGGAAGAUGAGUAGUUGGCGUUUCAGGCAAAACCGAUGGCAGGCAGGAAAGGGAUAAAAGUCCAUUAGUAAGUAACAGGUAACCAGUUUGUUAGAUAGAUAUUUCAGCUGUGAUAAUUUUGCUCGUUCUGCAGUCAUUUCCAUGCUAGUGAAUAACUUUGCUCCGCAGUGCAAUCUCUGCGCGGUGCGUUUGGAGAGGGAGCGCAGGCCGCUGGGCCGCGCGUCGCGGCCGUUUUUACCUGCUGGCUCAGGACGAGGCCUCGAUGCAGAGAUGCUGCCUGCUCUCCUGUCUGCCUGUGCAGAGGGAAGGCUGCUUGUCCCCCAUCAGCCCAGAGGCAUGGCCCCUUGUGCAGUCUUUCAUAUGCCACAACCGAACGUUCAUCCUGGACGGCCACGUGCAGCUGAAGACGAGUCUGCAAACCCAGGAGCGACACCUUUUCCUCUUCACAGACCUUCUGGUUGUUGCCAAGUCCAAGUCACACUCUCAUUUCAAACUGAAGUGCCAAGCGCGUCUCUGUGAGAUGUGGACAGCAUUUUGUACAGAAGAAGUCUGUGAAGGCAGCACAGACCCAGACCGGUCCUUUGUUUUGGGCUGGCCCACCACAAACUGUGUGGCAAAUUUCAGGUCUGCAGAACAAAAGGAAACAUGGCUGUCUUUUUUGCAAAGUCGAAUAAGAGAAGAGAAGGAAAAAGACAAUCCUAAAAGCAUUCCUCUGACAAUAAUUGCAAAGGACGUGGGAACUUGUGCAUACUCAAAAACCCUAAGUGUAACCAACGUUGAUACAGCAAAUGAUGUAAUUCUGAUGGCCCUGCAGCAGCUGGGAAUUAAUGGCUCUGAAAAAGACUACAAGCUAUGGGUGAUUUCAGGAAGAGAACAUUCUCCUUACCCUCUUAUUGGACAUGAAUAUCCCUUUGGAAUUAAAAUGAGCCACAUUCGUGAUGCUAUGCCCCACGGAUCAAAGCACUGUGCCUGCCCCAGGCAGCUUCAGGGCCCUUUCUUGACGGAGCAGCUGCCCCAGGAGCUGCAGUGCCAGUUUGUGCUGAAGCCCAGCCAGGUGGCCAUGUGCCAGCAGCUGAACGACUUAAGCCAAAAGUCAUUUAAAAGGAAAAGAUCUAUCAUAAAUUGGGCUUUUUGGCGUGGCCCAGGCACUCACUUGGACAAUGCACCCCUCUCCUCAACAUCUGCUGCUCCUGGGAAGCUCUUUGGCCUCUUACUAACAACCAUCUGUGAGGAUGACAACCUGCCCAAACCCCUCUUGGACAUGCUUUCCCUCCUUUACCAAGAGGGGCCUUCCACCAAGGGUAUUUUCAGGCGCUCUGGAAGUGCAAAAACAUUCAAAGAGCUAAAAGAGAAGCUUGAUUCAGGCACUGAAGUGGACCUGGCCCGUGAAUCCAUAUUUGUGACAGCAUCUUUGUUUAAGGAUUUUCUUCGCAACAUCCCAGGCAGUAUUUUAUCAUCCCAGCUGUGUGAUAAGUGGGUCUCUGUGCUGGAUCAAGGAAAUAAUGAAGAGAAGAUAAAAAGCAUCCAAAGGUUAAUUGAGCAUCUCCCCAGAGCUAAUGUUGUUCUCUUACGUUACAUCUUUGGAGUGUUGCGUGGGAUAGAAAUGCGAUCUGAAGAGAACCAGAUGAAUGCAUUUAAUCUGGCUGUCUGCAUUGCACCUAGCCUGCUCUGGCCUCCUGUUUCCUCCACUCCUGAUAUAGAAAGUGAAUAUAUUAAAAAGAUUUCUAGUCUGGUACAGUUCCUCAUUGAGAAUUGCUGCAGGAUUUUUGGAGAUGAAAUUACCUCCCUCUUUGGAGAAAUACUGAUGACAUGCAAGAGAGAGAACAGCUCAGAUGUUGCUUCUCUCCAUCAGAAUGACUCUUCCUAUGAUAGCCUGGAAAAUGAGGCAAAUGAUGAAGCUGACUCUUCCUCCAGUGACUGGAUUAAAACCCGUGAUCAGGAUAACAGAAGCAGGGAGUCUGUCUUCACUCUGAGCGACGGCGAUUCGGAGCAGACGGAGGUGGAUGAAAUCCAAAGCCAAACCAAACUGAAGCUGGCAAUUUCUGCCGACGCGCACCUGAAGUUUUCCCUGCAAGAAAACUCAAAUAAGUCUCCCUACUCCAGUGGUUUCCCCUCAGAAGCUACCUCGGGUGCUCCCAAGACUGUGAGGAGGCAGCGGCGCUCGUCUGAGCCUGCGGUUGGCCUCCAGACCUCCAGUUCCGCCCGCGCCGAUGCUGGGCGUGAGAAGGCGACGCGCAAAGCCAGCUGUGACGUUGUCCUGUAUCCUGAAGACGAGAAGUGUGGCUGCCAGCGCCGGUCGUUGCAGGUGGAAAGGCAAAAGCUCGGCAAUCAGAGCUUGCUUAUAGGGAUUAACGUUGGUAAAAGUGACAACACAAACCAAAAUGUUGAAAGGAAAGACCUGUCCCAUUGUCUCCUGCCUCCAACGCCAGAGGGAUUAAAUAUUUGCUCAGGAUUUAGCUCUUUUAGCCAGUCUUCUUCUGGGACAUCUCCAUCUGUGUCAUCAAUUUGCUCCCUGGACAGUGCUUUCUCCCAGUUUUCAGACCAGGCUCUGUUUACCUUAAGUGAAACCUCCUGCCCUUUCGAUAGCACUUUCCAGUCGCUAAAGAAACACGAGGAUGCUGCUGCUGCUGUGGCUGAUGACUGUUUGCUUCCGCUCACCACGGUGCCGCCAUCUCCACAAUCUACUGACACUGGGGCUGAGGAGAGCCUGGUGGGGCCCAGCAGCAGGUCAGCACCCCUGAAACCUACUGAUGGAGCUGGCGGCUGUUGCAUUAAGCCUGACCUUCAGCCAUUGCCUCUGAAAGUCACCAGGGGAGACAGACUUCAUGAUCAAAGAGGAGGUCUAGAAAAGCAUUACAGCAAUCCAAAGUUUGAAGAGACUGACCAAAGCUUUUUGCAGAGGAAUUUUAAUGCUUAAAAUAAACACCAUAAAGAAAAUGUCUUUGGUGUUGAUGUGUGUUCAUUUUAAGUUUAACAUCCAGAUUGUUCAAAUUUAAUUGAGCAGUCCCCAGACUCACGGGUUUUCUUUUUUUAGGAAACUGAGUAAUGUUCCAAUAUAAAGCUUUGCAAGAACAUUGUAGGAAUAAUAAAAAUUGCUAAAAGCAAGCAAACAGAAGUCUCCUGAAAAUCUGGAAGGGACCCAGGAGGUAACAAAGGCCAGUGUCCUGUUCCCUGACCCGCCAGGGCAGCGGGCUGCCUGCUGGGCCUCUCUCCUUGACCACUCAAGUGUUGAGCCUUGCAGAUGUGAGUCCCAGUCCUUUGUGCUUUUGAUGUAGCGUGCAAAGUCAGCAUAGCUUCCAUAACUGUGGUAUUAUACUACUGUUCUGAAACUGAUAAAUAUUACCUUCAUUGUCCUCCAAGGAGUAAGUGUGUUGUUUUCUGUAUGUUUAUGCAGUAUGUUCGGUAGGUGUAGUUAUUUCUUUUUCACUGCAAAAGAAAGUAAAAAGGAAGCCCAAAAAUAUGUAAAGGGAAAUGCUGAAUCUUGUAACUAACACCUUUGCAGCUCUGUGUUUCAUUUAUUGUGCUUUGUUGGCUGUUCUGUUCAUGUUUAAGUUGUGAAUAGUUUCUUAACAUUGCUGUAAAUGGCAUUAUGUAUUAUUGCAAGCAGAACACAUGUAAUUUUAUUAUGCAACAUCUAAAACAUAAAACCACAGAAUGGAUUGGGUUGGAAAGGACCUUAAAGAUCAUCCAGUUCCAACCCCCUGCCAUAGAGACAGGGACACCUUCCACUAGACCAGGUUGCUCAGAGCCCCAUCCAACCCAGCCUUGAAUCCUUCCAGGGAUGGAGCAUCCAUAACUUCUUGGGGCAGCCUGUUUUAGUGCUUUACCACUCUCUGAGUAGAAUUUCUUUCUAAUCUAAUUCUGCUCUCUUUUAGUUUAAAAACUUUGCCCCUUGUCCUGCCACUAUCUGCCCAUAUAAAAAAAUCAUCUCCCUUCCUUUUAUAAGUCCCAUUAAGGUAGUGGAAGGCCUAAAUGAGGUCUUUUUGAAGCCUCUUCUUCUCCAGACUUAACAAUCCCAGUCCUCAGCAUUUCCACACAGAAGAGUUUUUCCAUUCCUCUAAUGUUCUUUAUGGUCCUCCUCUGUACUAAUUCCAGCAGGUCCAUGUGCUCCCUGUGCUGGGACCCCAGAGCUGCUGCAGCCCUGCAGGUGGGGUCUGAGCAGAGCAGAGCAGAGGGGCAGAAUCCCCCCUCCCUGGCCCUGCUGCCCACGCUGCUCUGGAUGCAGCCCAGGACACCUUUGGCUUUCUGGGCUGGGAGUGCACACUGACAGCUCAUGGCCAGCCUCUCACCCACCAGCACCACCAAGUCCUUCUCAGCACAGCUGCUCUCAGUGAGUUCUUCUCCCAGUCUGUACCUGUGUCUGGGCUUGUCCCACCCAGGGCAAGGUGCAGAACCUUGCACUUAGACUUGUUGAACUUCCUGAGGUUCUCAUGGGCCCACUUCUCAAGUUUGUCCAGGUCCCUCUGGGUGGCAUCCCAUCCUUCUGUUGUGUCAACUGCACGUCUCAGCAUCCUGUCACCUACCAACCUGCCGAGGGUGCACUCAGUCUGUCUGUGUCAUACAUCAUAUAAUAUAUUAGAGUAAUGCAUUAUCUAAAUGCUUUGAGUUUGUAUAAUAUAUCCUGUUAAAUUUUGCUAUUAUAUAUGUUCUGAAAAAAAUGUGUAUUUUUGUACUUGCAAAAAGACUGCUGCUAAUUUUACAAGUUCUGUUUUGUUGUUACGGCACUGGUACUGAUGUGUAUGCAUUCAAUGCUAUAUAUUAAAUAUUAUUUGUUAUGUCAUAAA